AAAUUUGGUUUAUCGGCUCAUGUGGUAGCACCGAGAAUACCAAAGUUAUAUUCUUGAUAUACAAUCAGCUCGACAGUAGUACGUACUCAAACGUCGACUUGUAAACUUCAAUUGUUCUUUUUAGCCCAAUUAUCACAUGUGCAUAUCAAGAUAAGAGGUUAGUCGUGAAGAUAAUUCAGAGAUGUCUAAUAUGAAAUCAAAUUCGUUAAUAUCAAAGGAUUAUCAAGCCGGCAAUGACUCUGGUCCUAUAGAAGUUAAAAGUAUUGUGCCAAGAAAUAGACAAGAUUUACUUAAAUGGAAUGGUUGGGGCUAUAAAGAUUCUGAAUUUAUUGUCAAUGAUAAUUCAAUUAUUGAAUUUACUGGAUCUAGGUAUCCAAUUGGGAAUUUACAACUUCCAUACUUCACAGAAUGGGUUCAACGAGUACUCGGUGUUGAUUUAAAGAAUCGAACUUUGUCGCAACCAAUACCCAUGUCUUUUCCUAAAUCCAUUGUUACGGAAGAGUUUGUCAAUGCUGUGAAAGAAUUAAAUAUUACAUAUUCUAUAGAAGGUAUAGACCGGUUGUUUAGAGCACAUGGUCAUACACUCCGAGAAAUGGUUCAAUUGAAACAGGGUAACUUUGAAAGAAUUCCUGACAUCAUUCUCUGGCCAAAGUGUCACGAUGAUGUAGAAAAAAUAAUAAAAAUUUGUGUCAAAUAUGGGAUAGCUUGUAUUCCUUUUGGUGGAGGGACUAGUGUGAGUAGAGCUGCAACAUGCCCACCUAAUGAACAGCGUCCAAUUGUUUCUCUUGAUACCUCUCAAAUGAAUCGAAUAUUAUGGAUCGAUCAAGAUAAUCUUCUCGUUUGCUGUGAAGCCGGAAUAAUUGGACAAGAUCUUGAACGUGAAUUAAGAUUAAAAGGUUUAACGUCUGGACAUGAACCUGAUUCUUAUGAAUUUUCAAGUUUAGGAGGUUGGGUAGCAACAAGAGCCAGUGGAAUGAAGAAGAAUACAUAUGGGAAUAUUGAGGAUUUAAUAGUUAGAGUACGAAUGGUUACUGGACGUACAGAAGAUCCAGUAUUGACAUUAGAAAAAAAUGUACAAGUACCAAGAAUUUCUAGUGGACCGGAUUUUGAUCAAAUUAUACUUGGCAGUGAAGGUACUCUUGGAGUUGUAACUGAAGUUGUUUUUAAAGUAAGACCAUUACCAAAGAUUAUCAAAUAUGGCAGUGUUAUAUUUCCAAAUUUUCAAAGUGGUGUUGAAGCAAUGAGAGAAAUUGCCAAACAACGUUGUCAACCAUCAAGUAUACGAUUAAUGGACAAUGAACAAUUUCAGUUUGGUCAAGCACUUCGUCCCGAACAUGGUUGGAGUGAUAAAUUUAUGCAAAUUUUAAAACAAACUUAUGUUACCAAAAUAAAAGGUUUUUGUUGGGAUGACAUUUGUGUAGCAACACUUUUGUUUGAAGGUCAUGAUACAAAUAAUAUUGCAAUACAGGAAAAAAAAAUUUAUACAAUAGCAAAACAAUUUGGUGGAAUUAGUGCCGGAGAAACGAAUGGAGAACGUGGUUAUAUUCUUACUUUUAUAAUUGCGUAUAUUAGGGAUUUAGGAUUAGAGUAUCAAAUACUUUCAGAAUCAUUUGAAACAUCAGUCCCAUGGAGUCGAGCAAUUUCACUUUGUCGUAAUGUUAAGUCACGAGUAUCACGUGAUUGUAAAGAACGAAAUAUAACGCACUAUCUUGUAUCUUGUAGAGUCACGCAAACUUAUGACACAGGAUGUUGUAUUUAUUUUUAUUUAGCUUUUAAUUAUACUGGUGUACACGAACCGAUUGAAACUUAUGAAAAAAUUGAAGAAAAUGCAAGAAAUGAAAUACUUGCUAAUGGUGGUUCUAUUUCUCAUCAUCAUGGUGUAGGAAAAAUGCGAGCUAAAUUUUAUCCUAAAUCAGUUGGAAAUGUUGGCGUAUCACUUUAUCGUGCAACAAAAAAGCAUUUAGAUCCUCAUAAUAUAUUUGCAGCGGGUAAUUUAGAUCCUAAUUGUUUAGCUAAAUUAUAAAAUUUUAAUUCGUAUCAAUUAUUAAUACAUUAAUAUAAUAGAUAAUAAUUUUAAAAGAGAUGAAAGUUACCAAAUAUUUCUAAAAUAAACAAAUCUUUUUUUAUUUGGUACAAAUGCGUAAAUGUAUUUGCAUUAUAAUUUUUCAUAAAUUAUUGUA